UUCUUAUUCACACCUCAGCAAACAUGGCCUUAGUUGUAAAUGAACCAGAAAGAGUGUUCCUGGGUGGGUAUUUAUGUUUGCACGGUGUACAAAAUCAUCAUAUGCUUCUGACACUGACGGGAUUUUGGUAAGACAACUUUUUUUACCGUUAAAUUACUGAUAGGUUCUCAUCUUGAUUAGCUUUGAUAUUUCAACUGGGACAGUACCCUAGACUAGAGAUCUCUCUUCUUUGUAUUCCUGUAGUAAGUUUGUUGAAUAAAGGCACCAGACUAGGGUAUAGAUAGUAGCCCUCAUCCCUAUCAUCAAAAGUUGUGAAAAGUAAGGAGCAAAAAGAUGGGUUAGGCUAAGAUUAUUUUGUUAUGGUUUAGCCUUCUGUUCUCUGAGGGGAUUCGGAAGGUAGCAGUUUUAGAUUUUGCCGAACCACUGUAAGUUGUAAACAAGAAUUACAAAGUUUUCUUCUGAAUCAAGAACUGGAAAAAGAAAUUCAUAACGAGGGUUUGAGUCUGGAUUCUAUUAGGAUUCCUCGGCGUAAUCCACAUCCGUAUAGGAACCAAAAUCAGGUUGCGACGACAUCUGGAUAUGUAGAACAAGGGGAAGGAGGAGGAGAAGAAUCAUCACCACCGCCGCCGCCGCCGCCGCCCAAGAAACGAUUGUUCUUGAAUUCAUCUAUUUCAUUUGAGGCAAGUGCUGAACAUGCAAGAUUGCAGGAAAAAAUGGAAAAGAAUACUCGUAACCAACAAAUACCUUCAAGAUUAGGGCUGAGGAACCGUACUGGCGGCCAUAUAGUGGAAGUCCAAGGCGGCCACAUUGUACGGUCCACCGCUCGAAAAGACCGGCACAGUAAAGUAUGCACCUCGAAAGGACCCAGAGACCGCCGAGUACGUCUUGCUGCUCACACUGCUAUUCAGUUUUACGAUGUCCAGGAUCGGCUUGGCUAUGACCGCCCGAGCAACGCAGUGGAUUGGCUCAUAAAAAAGGCUAAGCCCGCCAUUGAUGAGCUCGAGCAAUUGCCUGCAUGGAAUCACACAAAAUUUUCUGCAGAAAAUGCUAUUUUUGAGCAAGAGCAAGAGCAAGAAGAAGAACAAGAUCAGGCUCGUGUGGUGGACCCUAAUAUUGCAGGUUCUUCGAGUAAAAGGGCAAUGACAAUGUUGGGAAAUGAAAAUGGGCUGCAAGUGUUGCACCAGAGCAGUAAUGCGGAUCCCAACGCAAGUUUUCUUCCUUCGUCCUUGGAUUCGGAUUCCAUUUCAGAUACUUUAAAGUCAUUUUUCCCAAUUGGCACUUCAAGAACUAGUUGCCAGAGUCAGGAUCUGAGGCUCUCUUUGCAGUCAUUUCAAGAUCCACUUAUGCUCCACCACCAUCAGCCUCAGCCGCCGCACCACAAGAACCCCACCCACCACACUGAAGAAGCAUAUUCUCAGCCUCAAGUCUCAUUCAAUGGAACCUCCUUACUGGGGUUGGAUGGCUCCUACGCAGGCUGGUCUGAACACCAUCAGCACCAGCCCACAGAAAUAAGCCGGUUCCAGGGACUGACUCCUUGGAACACCAGUGGAGAUAUCACCGGUGGGAGUGGUGGAGCAGCAGGAUAUCUGUUCACUUGGCCACCAGCGCUGCAGCAGCUGUUAGGCCAAAGCCAUUUUUCUUCUGAGAGGGGACCCCUUCAGUCCAGUAACACACCUUCAAUUCGUGCGUGGACGGACCCAUCCGCCAUAGGUGUCGCCACGGCUGACCAUAGCCAGCAUCAUCCAGUCGUGCCAGUUUAUUCAUCAUCAAUAUCUGGUGUCGAAUUCACCUCAACAGUAGGUGGAUUCUCCGAGUUUCAUAUUCCUGCACGAAUUCAAGUUGAUAAAGAGGAGCACGAUGGAUAUACCGACAAGCCAUCUUCCUCUGAUUCUCACCAUUGAAUUUAUAUCACAUAAUGAAAUAGCUCUCCUCUUCAUAAACAGGAUGUUAUCUGUUUGUCCAAUAAGAGAAGAACCCUUAAAAAUUCAAGUACUUGCUGUUGUAGAUGAAUCUUGGUUCUCAGGAGACUUUUCAGUGAGUUUAAUUCAAUGAAGACUACCGUGGGAAGAAGAAUACUGAGUCUAGCUUCGGGUUUUUCAAUCCCAGAUUGCUAUUAUAUGUAUCAGUUGUCCAAAUAUUCCAGCUUGAUUUUCAUAUUUCUUAUCUGAGUGACUUAGUAGAGCUCAACUUUGCUUCAAGCCAUUUGAAUUGCUUUCUGUUUUUCAUGUUA